AUGCUCCAAUUUGACUUCAACUCCGUCCUUUCCGAAAGACUUCGAGGGAAUCUCGUUCUACCCGUUGCUUUGGCCACUGCGUGCUUAGGAGUGGGCUACCUUUGUUUGAGCUCUUCUCGUCGCAAGAGGCUGCCCUUUCCCCCUGGUCCCCGUGGUUUACCAAUUGUUGGCAAUGCGUUCGACGUCCCCGAGAAGGAAUUCUGGCUGAAGCACAAGGAAUGGUCUGAUGAAUAUGGCUCUGACGUGAUCUAUCUCAAUAUGCUCGGCACCCCUGUCGUCGUUCUCAAUUCGCACAAGGCGGUGAAGGAGCUGCUAGAGCAGCGGUCCGCCAUUUACUCGUCUCGGCCGAAUAUGCCCAUGCUGAACGACUUGAUCGGCUUCUCGUGGCACUUUGGGUUCAUGGAAUAUGGAAGUAAAUGGAAGGAGAGAAGACAAUUGUUCCAGCGAGUCCUCAGUCCGAACCAUGCACAGCGGUACAGACCAUCGUUCUUGGUCACCAUCAAAACACUACUCAACCAGUUGUUGGAUGACCCUGAUCAUUUCCUCGAGCACGGUCGAAGACUAUCGGGAUCCUUCAUCCUCAACGUCACUUAUGGCCUGGAAAUCAAAUCCGACGAUGACAUCUACAUCCUCCAAGCGGAGCGCGGUAUGCAGGCAAUGGCUGCAGCAGGAACCGCCAGCACGUUCUUGGUCGAUUUCUUGCCUUCCUUGAAGUACGUGCCCUCCUGGUUCCCCGGAGCUGGGUUUAGGCGCCACGCAAAGGAGUGGAGCAAACAUGUGUUCGCUAUGGCCGACAGCCCUUUCCAGUAUGUCAAAGGCGCUAUGGCUUCAGGAACGGCCGAACCUUGCGCUGCUGUGGACCUUUUGGAAGGAUUAGAUACAGACGAUCCAGAAAACUUGAAACACAGGGAAGAGGUCAUUCGAGACGCUUUGGCAGCAGCCUAUGCCGCUGGCUCAGAUACCACAUUGUCUCAACCAGCGCGGUUGCUUCCAGCAAUGAAGACGCUUGAGGGUGGGGCGAGAGGGGGCUACAUGCAUGAGCCUGUCCAGGUGAGUCUCAACUCGAGCGUGCUUACCAGCAUCCCUCCCAUACUUUUGCUUUCGACAAUGGAGCUAUCCGCUCUAGCAACUAUCGCUAGCAACCACACCAUCCUUGCUCGCCUACCGCUCACUACUAUCUCAAAAUUCUUCACCAUCGUCAACAUCGCUCGACCUACAAUCCAGUUCACCCGCCGUGACACCAAUUUGGACGAACCGCCUUUGGAAUUGUCAAGGAAGCUCAUUUCUCUGUUCGCCCACCUUCUGGGGGUCGACGAGAUUUGCGUGAUCGAGUGUUGGAAGGUUUUCCGGGAAGAGGCGUGGAGGGAGGCAUCCGGGAUUGAGCCCGACCUGGCGUUCAUUGCAGAGUACAACAAAGCAGCACUGCCUUUGGAUAUGGCCUACCACAUGGUAUAUCCCCCUGUGCGCGCGUGCCUUGAUCCAACUUGCCAGCAGUACUCCAGAGACCAGAGCGAGAAGACUUUAUCCGACCCUACCCUUGUUAAGGGCUCCCUUUUCACUGCCCACAGUGGUGCAUUCCCCAUCGUUUCCACUUCGUUGUACUGCCGGUGCUGUCGACGACGGUAUUACUCAAAUUACUUCGUGGACCGGAAGGACGAAACUCGACAGUACUACAGAGGAGUCCCUGAUAUCAUCCAAGUCUCAAUGCACUACUUCCUCGAGUCCGAGCUUUUGGAGAUUUUUGCUACAAGCCACACAUUUGCUUGGGUAUCGUCCCAGAACUCCGCGAGAAUCUAUAAUCUUGCUUUGGGGAAGCCCCUAGCCCAUAUUCUCAACAACGCAAUGGCUUACGGUGCUGUAUAUGAUUCUACGAAAGCAUCACAACCAACAUUCAGCUGGCCUUACCCACUCACACUCCGCCCUGAAGAUGCCCUAGAUGGCUUCUUUCUUUAUUCGUUACUACUCUAUCACGCCGAAGAGAAGGCAUCCCUAACCCUUCCCAACAAUCCAUCACUCUCAGCACGAGAACGCCUUCGUUAUGCACUGCAAGACCGCAAUGACGCCAUGCAGGGAGUUGGGCAGGAUGAUUAUCUUCAUGCAUGCGACCUCUGUUACAAGGUUAUCAAGGGGGAAGAUGGAACUCUACGGAAGAUGCAUGCGGCUGUCUGCGAUGGGAUUACGUUGGGCCAUCCAUGCUGCGGUGUUCAUGGCUGUCAAACACCUCUAGACUCCCAGCGUGAUCGUUAUUGCCCCGACCACCGCGCUCUAGAAGCAUUGUGUGCCAUCGACGACUGUUCCCAACCUGUCGAACCUGGAUUCCGCACCUGUUCUCAACAGGGGCAUCGUCGCCUAGAAGAGAAGUACCGGGAAAAGGGAACAGCGAUGUUUCAGCUUCAGGACCGUCUUCAGAAGGCACGAAUAUCGACCCCUUCGGAUUCUGUCCCCCUAGACAACCCCGCCAAUAUCUCCACCAACGACAUCGAGCUUGAUGAGGAAGAAGCACUUCCGGAAUGCGAUGGGAAGGCGGAUGUGGGGAAGCAGAAGCUCAAGUCGCACUUUGGGCGACGAUGGACACAUAAUGAGCAGCUUGUCAUGCGACCGUGUGGUCUGAUACUGGCACGGGGAACGCUGUAUGGUGCAGAGUCCGUCGCUUCGGUUAAUGACAUUCUUAAAGCGACAUUCCCUACACCCUCCUCCACCCCCGAACAUCUGUUUUUUGACAAUAACUGCAAACUUCUACGGCACUUAAAGGCGACCAACGACUCACACUUCGCCAACACUGCAAUGCCUGUCGACGUGUUCCACUUCAAGACGAAGCACAAGGUGACCGAUAGCGUCUGUCAAGAAUUUUGCAACCCUGCAGCAUAUCCCGAACUUAUUGCAGGCCCCGGAAAGUGGCUCUUCAACAGCUCCAUUUGCGAGCAGACAAAUGUCUGGCUGGGAGGCUUUCAGGCUAUUCUCCGUGACAUGGAAGGGGUGAGGUAUAACUUUUAUCUGGAUGAGGUUAUUCGACGCCGGAAUCGAUACGUAAUUUCAGAGUUGUCUCGAAAGGGACAUCAUCCCUGGGUAGUGCCUUACGAUGAAUUCUUUUUCGCCCCCAUUGUACGUUGAUAGACUUAAUUAGCUUUUCUUUUUCACACUCUGUUUUCAAGCAC